AUGGACUCCAAUCAGGCUCGUUCCUAUGACAAUCGAACCAAUCAGACUCCUUCCAACGAAAGCUUGAUGGGUCCCAAUCCGAGCUCGUUCAGGAAUCAAGAACCGAUUAGUGGAUCAUCAACUCCGACAGCUUAUGACUCGUAUGGCUACCCCUCAAGCGGCACAACCGGACCCGAUCCUUACUCUCGACUUCGCGAAGCCUACCCGGCGUGGAGCUCGGACUCUCAGAUUCCCUUGAGCAAGGAGGAGAUCGAAGAUGUCUUUAUCGACCUCGCCAACAAGUUCGGCUUUCAACGGGACUCGAUGAGGAACGUCUACGAUCAUCUCAUGAUUCAACUUGAUUCGAGGGCUUCUCGAAUGUCACCCUCUCAAGCUUUGUUGACCCUACAUGCAGAUUACAUCGGUGGAGAACAUGCCAACUAUCGUAAAUGGUACUUUGCGGCUCAACUCGAUCUUGACGAUGCUAUCGGCCAAACAUCCAACACUAUCCUCGGGACCACUGCGGCCUCCAAACUCAAAUCGGCAUCAGCCAAAUCUCUAGAAUCUGCUCGUAAUCGAUGGCGUCAGGCAAUGUCAAACAUGUCCUCCUACGACCGCAUGCGCCAGCUGGCCCUCUAUCUCUUAUGCUGGGGCGAAGCAGCUCAAGUCCGAUUCAUGCCAGAGUGUCUGUGCUUUAUCUUCAAAUGUGCCGACGACUAUUAUCGCUCGAGUGAAUGUCAAAACCGAAUCGAACCCGUCCCCGAAGGACUCUAUCUCCGUGCCGUCAUUCGUCCGCUCUACAGGUUUUUCAGGGAUCAAGGUUACGAACUCAUUGACGGUGUCUAUCUGCGUCGUGAGAGGGAUCACCACGAAAUCAUCGGUUAUGACGACAUCAACUCACUCUUUUGGUACCCUGAAGGCAUCGCUAAAAUCACUCUGAAUGACCGAACUCGAUUGAUAGAUAUUCCUCUUGCUCAGAGAUACAUGAAAUUUGAUAAGAUCGAGUGGCGCCAAGCAUUCUUCAAAACCUAUCUCGAAAAACGAUCUUUUGGUCACAUGAUCGUCAAUUUCAACCGAAUUUGGGUCUUGCACAUCAGUGUCUAUUGGUAUUUUACCGCUUACAACGCACCUGCCGUCUACACCUUACCUAACCAACGAGCACCUGCCAAAGCUAUGCAAUGGUCCGCCGUAGCACUCGGGGGAGCCGUAUCAACUUUGAUCAUGAUUAUUGCAACUAUCAUCGAAUUUUCAUACGUCCCUACCACGUGGAACAAUACAUCUCAUCUCGCCCGAAGAGGGACGUUCCUCCUCCUCACUCUUGCUCUCACAGCUGGCCCCACAGUAUACAUUGCUGGCUUCGAUCGUGAUUCUUCUACUGCCUACAUCAUCGCCAUGGUUCAGUUUGGUAUAUCUGUGGUGGCCACUGUCUUGUUCUCUAUCGUCCCUUCAGGCAGGAUGUUUGGUGACAAGGUUUCUGGCCAGGCGCGCAAGUAUCUAGCCAAUCAAACAUUCACUGCAUCCUAUCCCAAGCUGGAAAGGGCCUCACGAGCUGCCUCGAUCGCACUAUGGUCCCUUGUGUUUUCCUGCAAGUUUGUCGAAUCCUAUUUCUUCUUAACUCUCAGUUUCGAGAAUCCCAUUCAGGUUAUGGUCGGCAUGAAAGUUCAGGGAUGCAGCGACAAAAUUUUUGGUUCUGUUCUCUGCCGCAAUCAACCCGCGUUCGCUUUGACUGUGAUGUUUGUCAUGGACCUCACCCUGUUCUUCUUGGAUACAUUCUUAUGGUAUGUCAUCUGGAAUACGGUUUUCUCGAUUGCCAGGUCUUUUUCCUUGGGACUGUCGAUUUGGACCCCUUGGUCAGAUAUCUUUACAAGAUUACCCAAACGAAUCUAUGCCAAGGUCUUAGCCACGUCCGAGAUGCAAGCCCGAUACAAGCCGAAGGUUUUGGUUUCUCAAAUUUGGAAUGCCAUCAUUAUUUCGAUGUACCGUGAACAUCUACUUAGUAUAGAUCAUGUCCAAAGACUGCUGUAUCAUCAAGUUCCCAGCGAAAACGAAGGCAAGCGAACCUUGCGAGCUCCGAUGUUCUUUAUCUCUCAGGAGGAUAAAGGUCUCAAGUCCGAAUUCUUCCCUCCUGGCAGUGAAGCUGAAAGAAGAAUUUCAUUCUUUGCGCAAUCACUGACUACAUCUAUCCCUGAACCGCUGCCCGUUGAUGCCAUGCCCACCUUCACCGUUUUGACACCACAUUAUUCUGAGAAGAUCUUACUGUCUUUGAGAGAGAUCAUCCGAGAAGAAGAUCAAAAUGCGCGUGUCACUUUGCUAGAGUACUUGAAGCAACUUCAUCCAGUCGAAUGGGACAACUUCGUUCGAGACACAAAGAUUCUUGCUGAAGAAGCCAACGUCUUCCCUUCCUAUGCGUUUGCCAACGGUCAAGGCAACACUAAUUCCAGCGAUGAGAAGGUCGAAAAGAAAAAGAAAACCGAUGACAUUCCAUUUUACACCAUCGGGUUCAAGUCUGCCGCCCCUGAAUACACCCUCAGAACACGAAUCUGGGCCUCUUUGAGAGCGCAGACUCUGUAUCGAACCGUCUCCGGCUUCAUGAAUUACUCGAAAGCCAUCAAGCUACUCUAUCGUGUCGAAAAUCCAGAGGUUGUUCAGUUGUAUGGCGGAAAUACUGAAAAACUUGAGCGCGAAUUGGAACGCAUGUCACGGCGUAAAUUUCGCUUUGUCGUUUCGAUGCAGCGAUACUCAAAAUUCAGCAAGGAAGAGAUCGAAAACACUGAAUUCUUGUUGAGGGCUUACCCCGAUCUUCAGAUUGCAUAUUUGGAAGAAGAUCGUGAAAGGAAGGAAGGCGGCGAAACACGAAUCUACUCUGCACUGAUUGAUGGUCAUUCUGAGAUCCUACCCGACGGCCGACGACGACCCAAGUUCCGAGUUGAAUUACCCGGUAAUCCGAUUUUGGGUGACGGAAAGUCAGACAAUCAAAAUCAUUCAAUCAUCUUUCAUCGAGGUGAAUAUGUCCAACUGAUUGAUGCCAAUCAGGACAACUAUCUGGAAGAAUGUCUCAAGAUCCGUAACAUGCUUGGAGAAUUUGAAGAUUUCCAUGUUUCUAAUCAGUCUCCGUACUCGGCCGCCGGUGCCAAGGAGUUCUGUAAAUUUCCUGUCGCUAUCGUCGGCGCUCGUGAAUAUAUCUUUUCGGAAAACAUCGGAGUUCUGGGUGAUGUCGCAGCUGGAAAAGAACAAACCUUCGGUACCCUGGCUGCUCGGUCGCUUUCCUUUAUUGGUGGCAAACUACACUAUGGGCAUCCAGAUUUUUUGAAUGCCAUCUUCAUGACCACACGUGGAGGGGUUUCAAAAGCCCAAAAAGGUCUCCAUCUAUCCGAAGAUAUCUACGCUGGUAUGAACGCUUUCGGACGAGGUGGCAGGAUUAAGCAUACGGAGUACUAUCAAUGUGGGAAAGGUCGAGAUCUCGGUUUUGGGACGAUUCUCAACUUCCAAACAAAGGUCGGCACUGGUAUGGGUGAACAAAUGUUGUCCAGGGAGUACUAUUACUUGGGAACUCAACUCCCCCUAGAUCGUUUCCUCACAUUUUACUACGCUCAUCCUGGAUUCUUCAUCAACAACAUGCUUGUCAUCUUCGCUGUUCAAUGCUUCAUGUUUACCAUGGUGUUCCUAGGAACGCUGAACAGCUCACUCACUAUUUGUAAAUAUAAUUCGGAGGGGCAGUUCAUUGGGUCGCCAGGCUGUUACAAUCUUGUCCCUACUUAUGACUGGAUCAAGAGAUGUAUCGUGUCGAUAUUCAUCGUGUUUUUCAUCGCAUUUUUACCGCUCUUCUUGCAAGAAUUAACGGAAAGAGGCGUUAUUUCGGCAAUCAUUCGACUCGGCAAGCAGCUGGGCUCUUGUUCACCUGUCUUCGAGGUCUUCAGUACUCAAAUUCAGUCACAUGCCUUGUUGACUGAUAUGACCUUUGGAGGCGCGCGUUACAUUGCAACCGGUCGAGGGUUUGCCACCACCCGAAUUUCGUUCGCAAUCCUGUACUCUCGUUUUGCUGGGCCUAGUAUCUACCUCGGGAUGCGGACAUUGUGCCUACUGUUGUAUGUGACGAUGAGUUUAUGGAUGCCUGCGAUCAUCUACUUUUGGGUAUCCGUACUGGCUCUCUGUCUAGCCCCGUUCAUCUUCAAUCCCCAUCAGUUCAGCUUUACGGACUUUAUUAUCGACUAUCGAGAGUUCCUCCGAUGGAUGUGUCGAGGUAAUAGCAGGUCUCAUGCUAACUCUUGGAUUGGAUAUUGUCGGCUCUCUCGAACACAAAUCACCGGAUUCAAGAAAAAAAGGCUCGGAUUGCCCUCUGAAAAACUUUCAGCUGAUGUCCCCAGAGCCGGGUGGAAAGUUAUCCUGCUCUCGCAGAUCCUGGCCCCCACCUUUCUGGCUAUCAUUUUAUCGGUUGCUUACAUGUUUGUCAAGUCGUUUAGCGACCCGCCGGUUAAUGCGUUGCUGCGUUUAGCAAUUGUUUCCCUCGGCCCGGUCGCAUUCAACGCAAUUACGCUGCUUACAUUAUUCAUGAUCUCACUCUUCUUUGGCCCGGCGUUAUCGGCCUGUUGUACAAGAUUUGGAUCGACGAUGGCGGCGAUUGCCCACGUGAUGGGGGUCGUCGGGCUGGUUGGGUUUUUCGAGUUUCUGUGGUUUAUCGAGUUGUGGAACAUCUCCCAUGCAGUCUUGGGGAUGAUCGCCACGAUUGCGAUCCAGCGAGCCUUGUUCAAGAUGCUCAUAGCCUGCGUCUUGAGUCGCGAGUUCAAACACGACGAGACUAAUCGGGCUUGGUGGACCGGGAAGUGGUACGGUCGCGGCCUCGGCACUCAUGCUUGGUCUCAACCUGUCAGAGAAUUCUUGGUCAAAAUCGUCGAGAUGUCACUCUUCAGUGCAGAUCUCUUGACUUGCCAUUUCAUCAUGAUCCUGCUGUCGCUCCCCUUACUCAUCCCCUUCUCCAAUCGAGUACACUCGACCAUGUUAUUAUGGUUGAGGCCCAGCAAGCAAAUCCGACCGCCUAUCUUCUCAUUCAAACAGCGCGCCCAACGUCGGAAGAUCGUGGCUAGUUACGGCUUACUCUAUGCGCUCUCGAUUGGAUCUCUGAUCGCCUUGAUCGUCCUGCCUAUUGCCUUCAGGGGAUCGCUAGAUGAAGCUAGCUGCUCGAUUUGUCGCAGCAUUUGA